UCUACAGAUUGUAUUACAAAAAGAAACAUCAUGAUUGUUGUUUCUCAUAACAGGGAAUUAAUGUUUGAUGUAUUGUACAUGUUGUUCGCCAUUGGUGUACCAGAAUAUUCGUGCGAGUCAAAAGGAUUUGUGUAUAUUGGUGCAACUAGAGGACAAUAUUUGAAUAAAACACAUGAGCCUAAUAUGUUGGCUUGUGCUAGAAAAUGCCUGGAGACUACCGCACAGCUUCACGGCUGUAAGGCUUCUAGUUUCAAUUCCGAUGAAAAGACUUGCAGGCUUUUAUUGACAAUGAACAGCACUUCAGCAGAAGAUACCAUACAGCCGCAUCAUAACACUUGGCAGACUUAUAAAAUGACGCAAUGCAUCGACGGAUGGCUACGCUGGAAAAGCGCCUGUUAUAAAAUAUAUACAGAUGUAGCAAACUGGACUGUUGCUAAGCGACAGUGCAGAGACAUUGGUGCGCAUCUAACGGCUCUUGGAGAUCCAGAAGAAGCAAAGUUCGUAUGGAAGAAAAUUGUGCUUGUACAAGCGACUGGAAAUGUAUUUCUCGGAGGUCGUGACAUUGAAGAAGAAACAAUAUGGCGAUGGGAAGAUGGCGAUGAAGAUAUUCAGAAUGAUAACCUUGUGCCGCUGGAUAAUUCAAUUAAUGACUGGAGGGAAGGGGAACCAAACAAUAUGGGAGAAGAAGAUUGUCUCAUUGUAGAGCGUGAAGGGACAUGGAAUGACGCUAAGUGCGACAUUGAGCUUCCUUUUAUUUGUGAAUAUCAUCUUUGAGCUGCAUAACCGUGUGUGAAUUAUUUUCAUUAAGGGAUUCAGUGACGAACAUAACCCAUGUUGAUUUAUGAUGACUGGUUUUAAUCAUAUUUAUGUGAACACGGUGACUUGAAACCACCCGACCUGGAGGUC